GCCCACGGUUGUCACAUCUGCUACGAAGUAUCACGGAGCACAGAGAGGUCCCCUCCUCAUCUGCUGGCGAGGCCCCGGCUGCCCGCCUACAUGGGGGGCGAGUGGGUAAGCACGCGUUGCGAAACGUGGCCUCUGGGUCUCUUCCUCACACGCCGGUUCCGCUUCCACGUCGGGGACCGGACAUGGAACGGCGAGUACCGCUUCUACGCGGACCCCGCAUGUGCCGUGCCUACGUACACCGCCGCAGCGUCUGGACGCUACUCCCGUACCUUCACCACUUCCGGCAAAGUAGAAGGACCCGUCGAGUUCGACUUCAGGGUGGAACACGCAUCCCUUACGGUUCUUGAUAGAGGGAUGGUCGAGAAUCUUCAAGGUGAUCGCCGAUGUAUUCCCGGUGGAGUUUGGAAG